AGUCCCGUCGCUAACCCGUAGUCAUCACGUCCCGCCCCGCCGCUCGCAGCUCCCGAACACAGGGAGAGACCAAACCAUGGACAGGGGCAAGGCAUUCUCCAACCCUUACAGCAGGGCCUACAGACCACCAAGACAAGGUCCCCAACACAGAGGCAGGGGCCGCGGCAGAGGUGGUGAGCGGGGCGCCAUGAGCAUGGAGUCCUUGAAUAUGUCCAGCAAUUGGUGUCAAAAUUCUGGUAACAGAGCUGGACGGAGGCAACAUUUUGAUGGCCAAGAGGAAUGGAGGCAAGACACUGGUGGUCAAGAUGGAAGGAGACAAACAUUUGUUGAUCGUGAUGGUUGGCAACCGAGACCUUAUGGCAACAGGGAUGGGAGGGGCUGUGAGCAAGACGAGCCAAGUGGAGAGAACCGAUACUAUGGCAGUCGUGGCGGGAGGAGAGGAGGAACCUUUCCUCCUCGUGGUGGUUCCCGGCAGACUCGGGGCCCCUCAAACAACCCCAGAGGUGAAGGGAAGGAUUCACAUUUCCACAACAGCAGGAAUAAACAGAGAGAGCGUCCUGUGGGUGACAGAGAGCUGGAGAGACUGACCACACUACAGCCGGACUUGGUGGUCUUUGAGCUUCUGAGUGAAAAAUCCGGCCUCCCCUUGCUUAUAGAGGAAGGUAACUUUACGCCCCAUAAAAUGGAGUUGACGGUGAAGGUUCUGGCACGGGUCACCGCCACCCAGUCAAACAGGGACAACAUGUACCAACUCCUGAACAAGACCUGCACGGAGAAUUUUGUGUCCAAGUUGAUGGGCCACGCACUGACCCUGAAGAGGGAAUACCCGGAGAAGGGGCCCGUCUUCUUUGCUGAGCUGCACACGCUGCUGGAGACCUUCGCCAGUGGCAUGACCUCCAUUGCCAUCAAGCGUCUGGUGAAUCUGGUUGACGGAUGUCACUCUGCCCUUGUCACAAUGGAGGCAGAUGGAUUUGUGGAGAACUCUUUAGUUAAAAAGUAUAAGGCUUUGAUGGAUUUCCUGACAGAGGAAGGGAAGAAGUGGGCUCAGGAGGAGAAGAUGGACAGUCAGGAGAGAAAGAGGAAAAGGGAGGCAGAAAUGAAUAACAUGGAACCACCAGAUGAUUUCAGGGAGAUGUCUGUUCUUCCGACCCAAAUGGACAUCACAGACACCAACCGCCCCUUCCUGCGCAAGAAUUUGGUGUCUGGCGGCUAUGCCGACGGACAGCACUACCUGGACGUCCAGUUCAGACUCCUGCGCGAGGACUUUGUGCGGCCCCUGAGGAUCGGCAUCAGCCAGUUUAGGAGUAACACAAAGUCUCGCAUAAUGGACGUCAGGAUUUACAGGAAUGUGACCUACAUAGACUGUAAGGUGGAGCGUCGGAGAUUAUUCCACGAGGUCCAGUUAGGGUCCAUGAAAAAGAUGAAACUGGAGAAUUCCAAGAGACUCAUUUAUGGAAACCUGGUGUGUAUCAGCAAUGAUAACUUUUCCACGAUGGUCCUUGGCUCCGUGGCUGACAGGACCCCAGAGAAAAUCAGGCAAGGAAUCAUUGGCAUCGAGUUUGAAUCUGACAUCAAAAACUUUGACACGUCCAGCCAGUUCACGAUGAUUGAGUCGAGGGCAUACUUUGUGGCCUACAAACACGUCCUGCAGGCACUGAAGGAGAUGCCGGAGAACAUCCCGAUGGAGAAGUAUGUGGUGCAAGUUGAGGCCCUCAUUGACCCCCCCCAGUACCUGGCCCCGGAGGAAACCUACGACCUGAGGGUGAUGAAAAGCAGCUCCUUGAUGAGGAGAGCCGAGGCAGUCAUGAUGCUCAAUAGGCUGAGGCGAGGCCAUGACCAAUAUGAAAAGGAUCAGCAUGAGGAUGUCAACACAACACCUGAGUCAAGGCGACUUCAGAGAGUUCAGGUCACCAGGACGCUUCUCGACUGGCCGUCAGAGGCGGAGCUUGGCCUGGACAGCUCCCAGCGGCGUGCACUGCGCAGUGCACUCACGCGGGAGCUGGCCAUCAUCCAGGGGCCUCCAGGCACGGGCAAGACAUUCAUUGGCCUUAAAAUUGUGCAAACCUUGCUGCACAACAGUCAUGUCUGGAAGACAAAGGAGAACCCAACACCCAUCCUGGUGGUGUGCUUCACAAACCACGCCCUCGACCAGUUCCUGGAGGGCAUGACCACCUUCACCAAGAGCAUCGUGAGAGUUGGCUCCCGGACACAGAGUGAGAAGAUAGAUGAGUUCCAGAUCAACAAACUCGUGCGAUCUGUUGUCAGCUCCCGAUCAUUACCACAAAACAUUCAUAACGUAAAGUCAAAUCUCACCAAUGAGCUCAAUAUCUUUGAGAACAAUUUCCAUGAGUUAGAAGUGGUUGAUUAUGAGUGUGGUGCUGCAAGAGGCAUUCUCCACCUGAGUGCAUUAGCUGACAACGUAAUCCCUGACCACAUCCUCCAACAGCUCCACCAAGCACCAGAUGAAAAAGUUCUAACACACUGGCUGACACAGAGCUACCAUGCUCCAGGCACCACCUCAAGACUCUUGUGGCAGCAGCCUAGUGACUCUACAGUACAAGGCAGGCCUUCUCAGGAGCAGCUGCCAGGUGCAAAAGAGGACAGUGACAUUGAUGAAGAUGUAUUCCAUGAUGCUGAGGAACUUAUUGAGACAGAGGAGAGAGAGAGAAAGUUGGAUGAUGACAUUGAAGAGCCUCUUAUUAGACGGGUAAAUCGAGUGGAAUUUGAGGUAACCAAGUGGGAACUAGAGGAAACAUUAAAGUUGCUGCGGCAAAAAUCUAAGGAAAAUGAGGAUGCUUAUCUGAGCCACAUGAUAAUUUCCAGGAAGCUGGAGGCCAUCAAGAUCGGUCUUGACAUACCUGUUAAUUGCUAUGACAUGGAGGCACUUGAAGCUGUUCCCCAGCUUAACAUCUGGCACCUUGAACCGAGGCUGAGGUGGCAGCUGUACAAUCACUGGCUGGCAAAGCUUCAGAGGCGUGCUAAGGCAGCGCGGGCAAAAAUCACAGUGGAGUUACCGAGGAAAGUCAAGACUUAUGAGGAAGUCCGGAAUGCCGAGUAUUUGCACACGAUGAGAAGGGCGGCCAUCGUGGGCAUGACAACGACCGGCGCCGCACAGCACAACAACAUCCUGAGGGACCUUGCACCGGCCAUAGUCGUCAUUGAGGAAGCUGCCGAGAUCCUAGAGUCACACGUCAUCACAUCCCUGACUGCCGGCUGCCAGCACCUCAUCAUGAUAGGCGACCACCAGCAGCUGCAGCCCAGCGCGACGGUGUAUGAACUGGCCACCAAGUAUGGCCUGGAGACCUCCCUCUUUGAAAGGAUGAUCAAGAAUGGCUUGGCGUUCGAGACCUUGGAGUACCAGCACCGCAUGCGGACAGAGAUCUCGCAGCUGCUGGUGCCUCCCCCCCUGACGCUAGGACCAUCAUCCCCAGUCCAGGACUACCCGAGGGUGCUUGGCAUGGUCCACAACGUGUUCUUCCUGAAUCACCAGGAGCAAGAGCGGGCGGAGUCGGAUGACAACAACAGCCACGAGAACCAGCACGAGGCGGAGCUGAUCAUGGGUCUGUGUCGCCACCUCAUGCUGCAGGGGUACAGCCCUCAGGAGGUCACCAUACUCACCGCCUACUCGGGACAGUUCUUCCUCCUCAGGAAGCUUCAGCGACAAUACCCAGAAUGCACCGGAGUGAGGGUCGCUGUGGUUGACAACUUCCAGGGUGAGGAAAACAAGAUCAUCCUCCUUUCCUUGGUAAGAAGCAAUCCCGAGGGGAAUGCGGGAUUCCUGCGCAGAGACAACCGUGUCUGUGUGGCCCUGUCCCGCGCCAAGCACGGCCUCUACAUCACCGGCAACAUGGGCCUGCUGAGUGAGUCCAGCAGCCUCUGGAAGAAGAUCAGUGGAGACCUGGUGCAGUCCGGGAGUCUGGGCCUGGCCUUCACUCUGCGCUGCGAGAACCACCCGGACCAGGUUGUAACUGUGGCCACAGGGGCGGACUUCCUAGCCAAGAGCCCCGAGGGUGUGUGUGUGCAGGUGUGUGGCAAGCCACUGCCAAACUGCCGGCACCCCUGUCCCAGAGUGUGCCACAUGGAUGACCCUGAGCACGAGGAGUACAAGUGCCAGGUGCCAUGUCCCAAGACCCUGUGCAGCCUGGACCACAAGUGCCCAAAGCUCUGCCAUGAGAUCUGUGGCCCCUGCAUGGUCAUCCUGCCCAAGCCCCUCCCCUGCGGUCACACCCACAGGAUCCCUUGUCACGUGGCCCCAGAGUCUCACAAAUGCCCAACGAUGGUGGAGAAGAAGAUCCCUGCCUGCGAACACGUGGUCACCAUGCCCUGUCACCACAACCCAAGCACCUUCACUUGCCCCGAGGACUGCGACACAAAAGUACUGUGCGGCCACAAGUGCAGGAAGAAGUGCCACCGCACCAAGGACCCAGACCAUCUGGAGUACUCCUGCCAGGAGGCCUGCACAAAGAUCAACGUGGGCUGCACACAGAAACACCCGUGCCUCAAGAAGUGCUACCAGGAGUGUGGGGCGUGUGUGGUCAAGGUGGACAAGAAGCUUCCCUGCGGGCACGAGCAGAAGGAUGUGGAGUGCUCCCAGCCAGCGGAGGAAAUUCAGUGCAAGAAGUACUGCAAGAAGACCCUUCCCUGCGGGCACGAGCAGAAGGAUGUGGAGUGCUCCCAGCCAGCGGAGGAAAUUCUGUGCCUGAAGGACUGCAAGAAGACCCUUCUCUGUGGCCACAAGUGUAAAAGAUUGUGCUUCAAGGAGUGUGGGGACUGCCAGGUGCCAGUGAAGAAGGUCGUGGAAGCCUGCGGCCACUCCAUCAUAACUUGGUGCAGCAAGUCGGCAACCACAGACAAGUGCGACGGCCCGUGCCCCAAGACCCUGCCGUGUGGCCACCCCUGUCGGGUAAAGUGCAAGGAUGCAUGUACCCCCGAGUGUCCCGAGCUGGUGGUGUCUGCUAACACAUGUCCUAAGGGCCACGUUAUCGAGCUGCCCUGCCACCUCAACACCAAGGUGGUGGGGGAGGCAGCGUGGGACCUCUGCAGUGCCCCCUGCGACAAGAAGCUGGACUGUGGGCACCAGUGUGUGGGGAUGUGUGGCCGCUGCCUCCACGGCCGCCUCCACCUCGACUGCAACAAGCCGUGCAAGAGGCCGCUGGUGUGUGGGCACAUCUGCAAGUACCCGUGUAGAGCCACCUGUCCACCGUGUCAGGAGAAGUGCCAGUGGAAGUGCAGCCACAGCCAGUGCCGCCAGCUGUGUGGGAGGCUCUGCCAGCCCUGCAAAGAAAUGUGUGAGGUGGGCUGCAAACACAAGAAAUGCACAAAGAGGUGCGGGGAUUCAUGCGAGUGGCGCUGCAAACAACACAAGGAAGGCAACGGGGAGUGUGGAGAGGACUGUUCCCGGAAGCCCUGCCAGGAGCCGUGCAAGGAGAAGCUCAAGUGCGGCCAUGAGUGUGUGGGCUUUUGUGGGGACCCCUGCCCCCCCCUGUGCCGAGAGUGUGACCACGACGAGCUGACAGAGUUUGUGCUGCUGGGGAAUGAGGAUGAGCCAGAUGCCAGGUUCGUGUGGCUGGAGGACUGCGGCCACUGCAUCGAGGUGGAAGGCCUGGAGGGGUGGCUGCAGCAGGAGGACACUGCUGUGGGGAUGAAGACUUGUCCCAAGUGCAGGACCACCAUUUACAACAACCGGCGCUACCAGAACAUUGUGUUGCAGACACACAAGGCAGUGCUGGCCAUCAAGAAAAAGUAUUACCAGGCCCAGAACAACAUCAAGAUGAGGGACAUUGAGCUCAUCUUGCAAGAUGAAGAAAUAUAUCACUGCUUCAAGUCUGAAUGUAUAUUCCUUCUUAAGAAAAUUGGAGCAGGACCAAGCAAGAAAGAAAGGCCAUUUGUAAGUUUCAGUGUUAGGGAGAAGACUCUGUGUCACUUCCAAGCCCAGGUCUUGAAAAAAGCAACCUCCAUCCUGAACCAGCAACAGACUGCAGGCUCCACACUUAUGUCCCUCGAAGUGCCUAGUGGCCCUAUCUCCUGGCACCUGUCAGUCUUUUGGCCCUUGGUUAAGGCGAUGAUGGCCCCGGUGUCCCUCAAAGCGACUAGGGGCCCUACCUCCAAGCACCUGGCAGUCCUCAGGCCCUUGGUCGAGGCGGUGGUGGCCGGCGUGAUGGAAAAGACCACCACCAUAACCCCCCAGAUGGAGCGUGAGGUGUCGUGUGAGCUGCAGCGGCUGGCGGUGCUCCCGGUGUACUGGACCUUCCAGGAGAAGUCUGCUGUCUAUCAAAACAGCAAUGUGGCAGCAAUCAAAGCCAAGCUGGAGGCUCUGCUGAACCCCACGGUGAUCUUUGAUGAGGAGCUCGACAAGAAGGUGCGAGCCCUCCUCAAGGAGAGCGAGAAGUACGUGGGAGGCCUUGGGAUUAGUGAUGAAGAGAAGAUGCUUAUUCUUAAGGCUAUGGGUCUCCGCCAAGGACACUGGUACAAAUGCCCCAAUGGACACGUCUACUGCAUCACUGAGUGUGGGGGGGCCGUGGUAAAGAGCAACUGCCCUGAGUGUGGUGGUUGUAUUGGUGGCAGCAGUCACAGGCUGAGGGGGGACAAUGCCGUGGCCACAGAGAUGGAUGGGGCAAGGCAUGGCACGUGGUCAGAACACAACAACAUGGGAAACUUCGACCUUAAUAUUGUUACACCUCCGGCCCGUGCACCACACUCCAAGCACGGGCAAGCGGCGUGCCGCAACCCAAACCACCACACUCAGGUCAUGAACCCAGAACAGCCACAAGACAAUGCCACGCCACACUCCCAAGGCCGCUACACCACCGCGGAGGCAAGGCACACUUAAACACAGGGCAGGUUUUUCACUUUAAUCCACAGCUCCACCCACAUCAGCAGUUUACAAGGCACAGUAACUCCAGGCAUUCAGAGUGGCACGAGACAUGGCACUAGGCUCACGGAGGCGAGCAGGGGUACAGAGACAGAGAGGCAGCUAGCGGCGCAAGACCACCUCAGGCAACGUCUGUCUCUACUCUCUCCCGCCACGCUGUGGUGCACCCUGCCCGCCAGCCACCUCACACCUCCGCGCCCCAAACUAGCACCCUUAAAAUACAACAAAUAAUGCACAAAAAUACCCCCCUGGCGUAACAAUAUUAAGGGUUCUCUCACCACCACCACCACCACUACAGCAGUAACAACACAACACAAGAACCUAGCAAGUUGGCCCAAACAAUAUACUGGAUGCUAUAACCCACCACCACCACCACAACAACAACAACAACAACAACAACAACAACAACAACAAAAAUAAAAACAAAAACAACAGCAACUCCUACAGUGACAACACAACACAACGCAGCACAAGAACCUAGCAAGCUGGCCCAAACAAUAUACUGGAUGCUGUAACCCACUGCCACCGCCUCAGAAUUCAACUUUGCCACUGUAAUAUUUCUUUAGGUCAGCGCUGAUCUGUCAUAAUUUGGAAAGCACAAGGGGAAGCCACAAACAAUUAUAUGUAUAAGUGAUUGAUGGGUUUUUUUCAAGUGAUUUCUCUGCUGCUGAUAUUAAGGCAGAAUUUUCUCUCCUUUGUGCUUAUUCAGUGAAGGUAAAGUUAGGGGCACAAGGUGUAGCUGCGCUUGGCCUCAGUGCUCGCCUCCAUUCCAUUGGCCCUUGAGCCUGUGGUGGCCAGCAGCACCUUACCCCAUAUUAGCUUGAAUAUAGUGCCUCAUUUGCUUGUGUUAAAGUCACUCAUGUAAAACUUGGCCCCUCCCCUCACAGUACAGUUGAUUGAGGAAGUCUCAAGAAAAGUAGUGUUCCUUUCGAAGUAAAUACCUUAAGUUUUCCUUUAAGACAUGGUUUGAAAGUCAGACAGAAAAGUAUAUAACUAUACACUAUACUUGGAAAGCCUCCCCACACACACACACACACACACACACACACACACACACACACACACACACACACACACACACACACCUUCUCUCUCGUCAGUUAUUUUAUGUGGCACCUUUGUAUAAAACAUUCAGAUAACUAUUUGGCUACACUACAAGGUAUCAGUACACUAAAGAGUUGAGUCACUGCCUGCAUAGAGUUAGAUUGAGGUGAAGCAUAAAGAUGUGGAUUAAUGUUAUUUGAUUAUUCAUUUGGUCUUAAUAUUAUCUGUAUAAAGAUGUAGAGGAAUGUUAAUUGAUCAUUUGUUUGGUCUUUAUAUCAUCUGUUUACCUCAGACCAAUGCGUUGGUUAUCUUAAAAGUCGUAGGUUAUUUCCAAGACCCUGUCAAUAACAUUAAGUGAGGACUUCCUGUAGCCUGCUGUAGGGACCCCUACCCACUCCUGCUCUGCCCUGCCCUAGCGUCUCUGCCAAAACUGUGCCCACAAAUGACACAGCUGCAUCACACGGUGACAAUUAUAUCCUUGUGACAUGUUCUCGACGUUUUCCAUCAGAGGAUGAAUGAGGCAGUCAUAACACUACCACCAUUAAUUAUUGUGCAUGCAUAUACUAAUUGAUUGAUACUUACUUAAAUAUCAGUAAGUCAGCUGCCCUCCUUUCGAUGUCAUAAUUAAUGGGGUGUAAAAGGUACAGGGAGAAAAUUGCUGCCACCGAGUGAUCCUUGCUUAAGGGGCGCAGGGGCAGGGUGCACUGGGCAUGUUUGGUGCACAUAGGAUGGCAAAUUAAGGCCUCGGGCAGUUCAAGACCUUCCUUGUCGAGAGAAUCCACGAUCUUGAGUGUCGUGAUUCAUGAUUUCAGAGCUAAGUUUUUUAUUAUUAAUUAGUACAACAAUCAUUAAGUUCUGAUGUAUUUAGAUUGCAGCACUUACACCUAGGUUUUAUUUUACUUGUACCAAAAAUAGUUACAAGCUAAUUAUACUUUUAAGUUCAGCUGAUGGUAAUGUAUGGUUAAUGUAUGGUAAGUGUUGAGUCAUCAGCACAGACCUAUAGGCCAUGUGGAGAGUGUCUGUGGCUCCGGCAGACCAAGGGGCAUGGACCUUGCAGGGAUCAUUAUGAUGCUCACUUUGCAGCCAGAGUCAUAGGUGGGGAGCCAGCAGGCCACUCGCUGUGUUGCCUCUGUCACACAUGCUUCACUUAUCUUGCCACUCAUGCUUCACUAUCUUGCCUCCUUGCCACUCAUGCUUCACUAUCUUGCUACUCAUGCUUCACUAUCUUGCCACUCAUGCUUCUCUAUCUUGCCAAUCAUGCAUCACUAUCUUGCCACUCAUGCUUCACUAUCUUGCCUCCUUGCCACUCAUGCUUCACUAUCUUGCCACUCAUUCUUCACUAUCUUGCCACUCAUGCUUCACUAUCUUGCCAAUCAUAUUUCACUAUCUUGCCAAUCAUGCUUCACUAUCUUGCCACUCAUGCUUCACCAUCUUGUCAAUCAUGCUUCACUAUCUUGCCACUCAUGCUUCACCAUCUUGCCAAUCAUGCUUCACCAUCUUGCCACUCAUGCUUCACUAUCUUGCCAAUCAUGCUUCACUAUCUUGCCAAUCAUGCUUCACUAUCUUGCCAAUCAUGCUUCACUAUCUUGCCACUCAUUCUUCACUAUCCUGCCUCCUUGCCACUCAUGCUUCACUAUCUUUCCUCCUUGCCUUUCAUGACCAGUGCUUCUGCCAGACCACUAUAUGAUGGUAUUUCAAACUACUCUUUAUCUCUUGGUGACUAGUGAGCCAGCAAGCACGAGCAGCAAUGGUGGCGUGCAGGGAGCUAUAGGCGAACUCUUCUUACCUGUGGUUGCUGCUGCCUAUACGAGACUGUAUCUGGGUAGGAGGCAGUGAGCAUUAGCAAAAAAGAGCAAAUUAAGGUGCCAUUGCCAAGCUCUUCUUGCAUCCAGUUGUCUGCAGCUUUACCCAUUAUUGUUCUUAGGUGAUGCUAAAGUCUCAAGCAUUAGUUUUUUUUAAUUUUACUGGUGCCUUAAUUGUAGGAACCGUCUUGUAGCGAUGAUAUGGAAUAAAUACUUAAUUCAGUCA